GGCUUGGGACGGGCGCCGCCCUCCUGCUGGCCAGCGUCGCGACCCCUGGUGCCGGCGCCGACCUGCUGCAGCAGUUGUCGCGCGCCCACUUCGACUUCACGCUCAGCCUCUAUUCGGCGCUGGCCGACGACACCGCCAGCCGACAGCAGGACUUGCUCGUCUCGCCGUACUCAGUGUUCUCACUGCUGUCGAUGCUGUUCCUGGGCGUCGGCGCCGAGUCGCCAUCGGCGGCGCAGCUACGCGAUGUGCUGCACUUCCAGAACAUCAGCUACUCCCAUGUGCAGCGCGCCUUCCAGCAGGCGGCGCAGGUGAUGCGACACCCCUACUACAAGGAUCGCUUCCUGGAGGAGAUGGCGCUGCUGCUGGCGCACGACGUGAACGUGUCAGACUUCUACUCGCGCGCGCUGGACGAGUUCUACCGGCGGACAGUGGUCGCGGUGGACUUCGGCGAGCCAGAGGUCAGGCUCGGGCUGCGCCAGUGGCUACUGAACAGCACCGAAGACCAUCCAACGCCCGCUGACGCCCGGCUGCCCGAGCGACCGGUGCUGCUGAUGAUGUCGAAGGUCCACUUCCAUGGACAGUGGAUGCAGCCGUUCAACGCCUCCAUGACCUUUGACAAGGGUCUUUUCUUCCACGAAGGCUCUCAAAGGAUGGAGGUGCCCGUGAUGACGGGACGGUUCCGGCUGCCGAUCGGCUACAGUCACGACCUGGAGGCGCGCGUGCUGGAACUGCCGCUCCAGGAGCGUCGUCUCUCCAUCUUCAUCCUCCUGCCAGACGCGCUGGAAGACGGUCUGCACCGGCUCGAGACCAACCUGACCACGGACAACCUGCGCGCCAUGCUCUCCACGCUGAAGGACGAGACGGUGCACGUGAAGCUGCCACGCUUCCGGCUGGCCUGCUCUGGUCACCUGCGGCGCGUGCUGAUGGCGCAGGGCCUGACGCACGUGUUCGACCCGAGGACGGCCGCCAUGACCGGCAUCAACGCUGACGGCCGGGUGCACCUCAGCGACCUGCUCUUCUCGGCCAGUGUGGUGAUGGACGAGUCCGGCGGGGUCCCGCCGGCGCCGGGGCCCGGCCGGCCGUCUCCCACGGACGGUCGCCGGCGCGCGCUCACCGACAAGUACUUCGAGGUGGACCACCCGUUCGUGUUCCUCGUCUGGGACUACUACUCGGCCAUGGUGCUGCUGAUGGGCCGCGUGGUGCACCCGGAGCCCAUCCUCGACUGACCGCGCGGCCCGCAGUCGAGUGCGUCCCGGUGCGGUGGGGCGACCCGUGGUGGUCUGUUGGUGUGGCGUGCAGUCGCGCCUUGACGUAGUAAUGUCACCCUACCGACCCAGACAAAACAGUUAACAGCCACCCUACCGACCCAGACAAAACCGCAAACAGUCACCCUACCGACCCAGACAAAACCGCAAGCAGUCACCCUACCGACCCAGACAAAACAGCUAACAGUCACCCUACCGACCCAGACAAAACAGCUAACAGCCACCCUACCGACUCAGACAAAACAGCCAACAGUCACCCCACCGACCCAGACAAAACAGCUAGCAGCCACCCUACCGACCCAGAAAAAAGCAGCUUACCGUUAUCCAACCGACCCAACAGCGACGGCUGCAACUCAUUCUACUGACCCAACCGAGACGACCUACAGCAUCCCGAUGACCCAGCCGCGACAUUUGAGUCGUUUUACCUACCCCGCGUGUUACCGAUCUGGCACGCUGCUGGAGUAAAAAGUACCAAACUAUUAAGCGCAUCAGACAUUUUGCUGUACUUUGGUGUGACAGUGACACCCUGGCAGUGUGGUGCAGUGUCAUCUGACCUGGUAGAGUUGUCUUGUGGUUCCGCCGGUGCUGAGGACCGAACGGCGUGAUUAUUCAGGCGUCACGCCCCGCUGUUCCUACUGAGGUUACACCGCCCGGCGGUCCAGGUGGCGCCAGAUGACCGCCACUAGAGGACUCUGCUGGCGUGGUGCGCGCCGGUCCACGGCGACCCGCAGGAACAAGCCGAGCUUGGUGGCACCGUACGGUUUGGAACGCCGCGCAGUGCAUCUAACACGGCGGGCUCGUUAUACCUGUUAAUUAGUAUAUUGAUGGCGUGGCCCAGAUUAUACAGCAGCUCGAGGUAUGACUUUGACGGGGCCUUAUGGCAAGAGCGGGCUGCUGCCGGACUCGGGCGUCCUCGGAGAGUCCUGCCCCAUGAGUUUGAUGGCGCCCUGUGGCGAGAGUGAACCGCAGGAUUGCUGCCGGACUCGGGCGUCCUCGGAGAGUCCUGCCCCAUGAGUUUGAUGGCGCCCUGUGGCAAGAGUGGGCUGCAGGGCUGCUGCCGGACUCGAGCGU